CCGGACGACGCAGGUACCCCGGCGGCGGAUUCUGCGGAGUAGGGGGCCUGGGUGGCCUUGGCACGGGUGCGCCAUCCAGGCCGCCAGGUGGGACGGCCGCGAUCAGGACCCCGCCGGGCGCCCCGACAGACGAAGUGUUUAAUAAUGCGUGAAAUCGAGACGCUGUGGUUCCCAUUCUGAUUGUGUGCGCAGCUAUGGAAAGUUGGUGCUGGGGAAGGACUUUAGAGAUGGUUGAUUCCCGUUCCUUCAUUUUACAGAGGAGAAAACAGGCCCUGAGAGGCAACAGGCAUCUUGGAGACUCACCCAACUAGGCUUUAUGCUUCUUGGCUUCUAAAGAAAAUGGCAGAAACAUCAUCAGAGCCUUCUGGGCAGCUUGUUGUACACUCAGACACUCACAGUGACACUGUUCUGGCCAGUUUUGAGGAUCAGCGGAAGAAAGGCUUUCUCUGUGACAUCACUUUAAUCGUGGAGAAUGUGCAUUUCCGGGCUCACAAAGCCUUACUUGCUGCCAGUAGUGAAUACUUCUCCAUGAUGUUUGCUGAAGAGGGGGAGAUUGGUCAGUCCAUUUAUAUGCUGGAAGGCAUGGUUGCUGACACGUUUGGUAUGCUGCUGGAAUUUAUCUACACGGGCUGUCUCCAGGCCAGUGAGAAGAGUACGGAACAGGUCCUGGCUACCGCUCAGUUCUUAAAAGUCUAUGACCUGGUAAAGGCUUACACGGAUUUCCAAAAUAAUCAUAGCUCCCCAAAGCCAACGACUUUGAGCACUGCUGGUGCCCCAGUGGUUGUUAUUUCUAAUAAGAAAAAUGAUCCUCCAAAGCGGAAACGGGGAAGGCCAAGAAAAGUCAACAGUUUGCAGGAGGGGAAAUCACAGCUGCCUGCAGAGGAAGAAAUACAGCUGAGAGUAAACAAUUCGGUUCAAAAUAGACAUAACUUUGUGGUAAAAGAGGGAGACAGCGGUAUACUGAAUGAACAGAUUCCAGCAAAAGACACAGAAGAUUGUGAGCCAGGGAGAGGGGAGGAAGUGCCUGCUGAAAAAGAUGAGAAUUGUGAUCCCAAGACCCAGGACGGGCAGGACAGCCAGAGUCGGUACAGCAAGCGGAGGAUUCGGAGGUCCGUCAAACUUAAAGAUUACAAACUUGUUGGGGACGAAGAUGACCAGAGUUCAGCCAGAAGGGUCUGUGGAAGGAGAAAGCGCCCUGGUGGCCCUGAGGCCUGUUGUAAGGACUGUGGCAAAGUGUUUAAGUACAAUCACUUUUUGGCAAUCCACCAGAGGAGCCACACGGGGGAGCGGCCUUUCAAAUGUAAUGAGUGUGGAAAAGGCUUUGCCCAGAAGCACUCCCUGCAGGUCCACACCCGGAUGCACACUGGCGAACGACCCUACACCUGCACGGUGUGCAGCAAGGCUCUCACCACCAAGCACUCCCUGCUGGAGCACAUGAGUCUGCAUUCAGGACAGAAGUCUUUCACCUGUGAUCAGUGUGGCAAAUAUUUUAGCCAGAAAAGACAACUAAAGAGCCAUUAUCGAGUUCACACAGGCCACUCAUUACCGGAAUGCAACCACUGCCAUCGCAAAUUCAUGGAUGUGUCUCAGCUAAAGAAACAUCUACGGACACACACAGGUGAGAAGCCAUUUACUUGUGAAAUCUGUGGCAAAUCUUUCACAGCAAAGAGUUCUCUUCAGACCCAUAUCAGAAUCCACAGAGGAGAAAAGCCAUACUCCUGUGGCAUAUGUGGCAAAUCCUUCUCUGACUCCAGUGCCAAGAGGAGACACUGCAUUCUGCACACAGGCAAAAAGCCCUUCUCCUGCCCCGAGUGUAACUUACAGUUUGCUCGCUUAGACAACUUGAAGGCUCACUUGAAAAUCCAUAGCAAAGAGAAACCUGCAUCAGAUGCCAGCAGCGUUUCUGGCAAUAAUAACACUGAAGAGGUCAGGAAUAUUCUUCAGCUGCAGCCCUAUCAACUGUCUGCAUCUGGAGAGCAAGAAAUUCAGCUUCUUGUAACCAAUUCUGUACAUAACAUCAAUUUCAUGCCUGGUCCUAGCCAAGGAAUCAGCAUUGUCACAGCAGAGAGUUCUCAGAACAUGACCUCGGACCAGGCCACUAAUCUCACCCUGCUCACGCAGCAGCCAGAACAACUGCAGAAUUUAAUUCUUUCAGCCCAACAGGAGCAAACAGAACACAUUCAGAGCCUCAAUAUGAUUGAAAGCCAGAUGGAACCCGCACAGACCGAGCCAGUGCAUGUAAUCACACUCUCCAAGGAAACCCUGGAACAUCUUCACGCCCAUCAAGAGCAAACAGGGGAGCUCCAUUUAGCAAGUGCUUCAGAUCCGGCUCAACACCUGCAGCUGACGGAGCCUGCUCCCCCGACACCCACCCACCAUGUGCCCCCACCCCCACCACUUAGCCAGGAGCAGAGCUGACCUGUAAACGCGUGUGAUCGAUUGGUCUCCUCCCAGUGAGCCAGCUGUAACUGUGCCGGAAGGCAGGCUUUCUGAAACACUCACAAGUCUUUCCAGAGGUGUGAUGGCUAGCUGCUAGUUCUGAUGCUUUCCAUCCAGGCAACAAGACGUGUGUAUCGUAUCUUGUAUGUAGUCCAGAUUUGGAUUUAGCAUUCAUUAUUGAUGAAUGGUUUUCAUUUUCAUCCAAAUCUCUUAAGGUCUUGGAUGAUUUUUAUUUGGGGGCAUUGAUUUAGACUUCUCUAAGUCUUGAAUGUCCAUGGCCACAGCUUAUGGCCUUGUGACCUUUCCAUUUAUAUUUUUUAGAAAAAAGGAAGUCAUAUGUUGGUUGAAUUGGGUAGAGUGGUUUCAUCUUUAUUUCUCUUGGGCAACCGGUUGCUUCUAUAAGACAAGUCAGGGCUGAAUACAGAUAACAACUUUGGAGAAUCUGUCCUUUUAAUACUUUCUAAUCCCCUAAAACAGAGUAACUCAACAUUUAAUCUCUGUGGUACGGUGGGCUCUUCGUGUCAGGUUUGAGGUAGAUUCAGAGACAUAUAAACUAAGUCUAUUUUAAAUCAAAAUGAAUAUAACAAGAAAACCAGAAAGUACAGGAUUAUUUUAAAAAUUGUGAACUCAAUUUUUCUGAGAAACAUGGACUUACAUAUUUUUGAGGGGAUUUACAUACUUUUUUAAAAGAAGGUUAUUGAAAAAUUUAAUUUAAAAGUCUAAUUAAAGAGUGAAACGGAUCAAGACAUUCAACCCAUAAAUUACAAAUUUUUGUCAGCAGUGAUAAUUGUUCUUUCUGAUGAAGUUAAAGCUGUCAGUUAUCCUGGAAUAUAAAAUUUUAUUCAGUGUAUUUUAAGUAUCAAAUAUACUCUCCUGAAUUCUAAUUGAUCCUGAAAAUGAUCUGUGUAUUAUGUCUGAUAACUUUCUGAAGAUGGGACCUUAUAAUCUAUUUUUAUUGCAAAGUAGGUUAAAUCUCAUAAAAUGGACACAUCAUUUUAAAAAGUAAAUAUCUUCUACUUUUAAAAAUAAUUUGAGCCUCCAAACCAUAGUAGCCAAUCUGUAAUUGUACACUUUUAAAUAAUUGUCAAAAGUUGAAGUUAUGUUUGGGUUAGGUUUUCAAGCCCAGUGUACUUUAUUGGAGACUUUGAUUGCUUUCUCUUAAGUAAACUGAUAGCAGAUUUUGGAGAGAAGAAAAUGGGUACUAGUCUAAGUUAACAUAAUGCUGGUGGAGCGUACGGGUAAUCUACCUUAAAAUGAACAGGAUCAUUACAUCAUUUACUUAUUUUCUCUCUGUAGACAUCUUUGUUUGAUUUCCACCUGAGUCAAGAACGUUUUUUUGGAGGUUAAAAUAAUGGAAUUUUUCAGGUUUGAGAGAAGAUAAAAGCUUUUUUUUUUUUUUAAACAUAUUUGCCAAACUAUAUUUUAGUAUAUAUAAUUCACAAAAUUUUGAAAAUGAUAUAUAUCUUAUGUAUAUCAAUCGAGUAAUGUUCAAGUCAGGCCUGACUAGAGCCAAGAUAGUAAUUUUUACAAAUACAGUUAUGACCUAAAUAUUAUUUCAAAUUCUUAAGUCAUUUAAACUACUUCAAUCUUACUCUUAAAAUGCAAAGUUUUUGCCAGUUUUUCAAAGCUUACUGGCCCACAGUUUCUUGAGAUACAGAAUAUUAAUAUAAAUGAAUUUUUAGCUACUCACUCUGGAGAGCUAGAGAAUUUAUUCAGGAAAUACGGUCACAUAAGUCAGUUUAACUAGCUUUACGACAGUCUACCUCUGCACUAGGAGAAAUACAAUGUGGGCCUCAUGUAAUUUAAAAUUUUCUAGUAGCCACGUUAAAAACAAAAAGAUGAAAAUUGAUUUGAGUAAAAUUAUUUAAUACCACAUUUUCCAAAUAUUUCAACCUGUAAUCAGUAUAAAAACGUAUUAAUAUUUUUUAAUUCUUUUUUGCAUACUAAGUCUUCAAAAUCUAGUAUACACUCAAUUUGAAUGCUAAUAUUCUUUGGACAUACUUGACCUGUAUUUAGAAUUCAUGCAAUUUACAGUUGAAAACCUAGAAUGACAUACAAGUAGUUGCACACUGAAUUUUUUUUCAAUAACUGAAAUGAUUAUCAGUUAAAUUUAUAUUAAAAUCUGGGGUGCCUGGCUGGCUCAGUCAGAAGAGCAUACGACUCUUGAUCUCAGGGGUCAUGAGUUCAGGCCCCACACUAGGAAUUAGAGAUGACUAAAAAAAGAACAAAAAUCCCACCACCAGUUCCUUAGUCACACUAGCCAUAUUACAAGUUUUUUUUUUUUUAAUCUUUAUUUUUGAGAGACAGAGACAGAGUGUGAGCAGGUAAGGGGCAGAGAGAGAGAGGGGGACACAGAAUCUGAAGCAGGCUCCGGGCUCCCAGCUGUCAGCACAGAGCCCGACGUGGGGCUCAAACUCCCAAACUGUAAGAUCAUGACCUGAACGAAGUCGGACGCUUAACCAACUGAGCCACCCAGGCGCCCUGCCAUAAUACAAGUUCUUGACAGCCACGUGUGGCUGGUGGCUCCUGUUCUGCAUGGCACAGGCCUACCUGCUUCUACCUUGAGAGCCAGUUUCAGCCAUAAAAAUAUCUUCCGGAAGAGUUCUGGUUUAUUUGCCUGUCUGUCAAAGGGAAAGGAGAAAAUGAUAGCUUUAUAAAUCUAGCUUCUCUUUUGUGUCCCCAAAACACCUUCUGCCCUCUGAAAUCCCAAAUUCUAAAGUUCAGUGACUCUGUAUCCAAAGGAAAUGUCAUGCACGUAAAAAUGUCUCUUACAUGUUUGAGAGAUUUUUGGCUCAGUGUUUCACAACUUAUUUUGUAUUAAACCUGUACAGUUUUUAAAAUUGUUUUAAUAAGUGUGGAAAUACAAAAUGUACUUCUUAGGAAGUAGAACAUUAUGCUUUGGGUUACUGAGAUGCACCUUAUCGCUUUCAAAAGUGAGUCUCUGGUUUUCUCUGAGUUAGAGGGCUAGCUUUGGGAAGACUCGAGCUCCCGCCAUCAAAAUCAGUUAUUUACACAUGUGCUUGCGUCUGCUUCUUGAACAUUUUUCUACCUCUACUGUUUUCUGCAGUCAGUUCCCUGUGUUUAGGAACUGUGAGCAACCAGUCACGUAAUGCUGAAGAAUAUAGUGAUAUUCCCGUUAUAGAUGCUUACAUCUAGGUUUUCAUGAAUUGGAUAAUAAUAUCUGCCACAUAUUGAGUCUUUAUACUAUAGGCCAGGACUGAAGCCAAGUGUCUUAGGUCUGUACCUUGGUGCUCCUCAACGUUCUUUUGUGUCGUGGCUCACAAAGUAGGAUUUAUGCAGCACCCUGCAAUUCGGGGACUCCAGUGCCCUCGGGCCAGGACUGGCAUAUUUGCUUGCUGGGGCUGCCAUAACAAAUACUACGGACUGGGUGCUUAAAGCAACAGAGAUCUAUUUUCUCAGUUCUGGAGGCUAAAAGUCCAAGAUCAAGGUGUGGGCAGGGUUGGUUUCUUCUGAGGCCUCCUGACUAUCUUUUCCUCCCUGUCUUUGCAUGGUCUUCCCUCUGUGUGUUUUGUCCUAAUCUUACAAGGACACCAGUCAGUGUUGGAUUAGAGCCCACCCUAAUCCUAAUGACCACAUUUUCACUUAGUUACCUCAUUAAAGGCCCUAUUCCCACACAGUCACAUUCUGAGGUACUGGGGGUUAGGCCAUCCACGUGAAUUUGGUGGGGGGGACACAAUUCAGCCCAAAAUAAUUGGCACCUGGAAUGAGCAGUGUCUGGGAUGCACCUAUAGCCUAUCUGAAGCAACAUUCCUAUUUUACUUAAUCUUCAUGACAUUUGUAUGAGCUAAGUAAUAUUACUAUGCCUAUUUUACAGAUGAGAACAUAGAGGCCCUAAUAGAUGAAGUCCAUUGCCCAUGGUCACACAGUAAUUGGCAAAGCCAGAACUGCUGCACAGCACUACGCUGCUUCCACCAGAUGGGCUUAACUAUCACCAGUCUUGAAACUGAAGCUGAAUUUCUCUUCACGUACGAUCUGCUUGAUGUAAUGGAAGGUUUUUGGCUAAAAUUGAGAUCUGGGGCCCCUGGCAGGCUCAGUCGAUAGAGCAUACGACUCCCGAUCUUGGGGUCUAUGAGGUCAAGCCCCAGGAUGGGUGUAGAACUUAUAAAAAUUGAUCUGUGUCUGACAUUUUAGCACGAUCAGACGUUUUACAUAAAACAAUAAUUGUAAAAGGUGUAUAGUCUUUCUCCUAUAGAAACGACUGCCACAUUAAUACUUAUAUUAGUAUUUUACCACUAUUGGUUUAAAAACUUAAUAGAAAUUUACCAAGUCCAUGAAAGUUACUGCUGAUGUGAAAAUGUCUUAACUAACAUGAGCCUCCGUGAGCCCUUUUUUCGAACUCCUGACUAAGGAUAGUUUAUGUGUAGGGCGGACUUGUUUGACUUUUUGCUACCCUUAUUUGUUAAGUAUUGAGGUGAGUUAUCACCCUCACUUUUCAGACUAAAUUAAGACAAUUUUUUUUAAUGUUUACUUAUUUUGAGAGACCACACGCACACAAGUGGGGGAGGGACAGAAAAUGGGGGAGAGGGAAUCCCAAGCAGGCUCUGCACUGUCAGCACAGAGCCAACAUAGGGCUCAGUCUCAUGAGAUCAUGACCUGAGCCAAAAUUAAGAGUCAGACGUUUAACUGACUGAGCCACCCAGGGGCUCCUAAAAUAAGCCUAAAUUCUUAAACAUUGAAAGAAAACUCUUGGUUUCACUUUUGUAAACAGCAGGCUUGGAGUGACCUCUAAAAAUUCCCCUUGCCUUUUGUAAACAUCAGGUGUCAAAGAAUGACCUCUAAAAGAAACAGGAAUGUCACUGUGAUAGAUGAUGUAACUUUCAAAUUUUUUGCAUGUAAUUAAGCAACAAACACUUUUGUUGGCUAUAAUAUAUA